UCGAGGAAGUGGCAGGGGAGACGUAUCAGACGAAAGUGGAGAGUUUGCUGUUUAUACCCAGUUUCAAAGAAGAUAACACAGCGCGAAACUUUUCAAAAUGUCGGGAUAUGAUAGCAACCCUUUUGCGGAGCCAGUGGGCGAAAACCCUUUCAACGAUCCUGCUGUUACACAAGUGACCAACUCUAACGUACCACAGGUCGACCAGUACAACCCUUUCCCCUCAGAUGGUUUAGCUACUCAAACCACUCCAGCCAACCCGUCUCCCUACCAGCCAGCUGUGUUACAGCCGUCCACAGAGCCCAGUCCACAGGCGACUGCUGCUGCGGCUCAGGCCAAUCUGCUGAGGCAGCAGGAGGAGCUGGAGAGAAAAGCUGCCGAGCUGGACCGCAGAGAGCAGGAGCUGCAGACCAGAGGCUCCUCAGUGAAAGAAAACAACUGGCCUCCACUUCCAAAGAGCUUCCCCAUCAAACCAUGUUUCUAUCAGGACUUCUCAGAGGAAAUCCCCCCAGAGUACCAGAGAGUCUGCAAGAUGAUGUACUACCUCUGGAUGUUCCACUGUGUGACUCUGUUCCUCAACCUGCUGGCGUGUUUGGCUGCCUUCAUCAGCAGUGCUGAUCAUGGCAUCGAUUUUGGUCUCUCCAUCCUCUGGCUUAUCCUCUUCGCUCCAUGCUCCUUCCUCUGCUGGUACCGACCCGUCUACAAGGCCUUCAAGACAGACAGCUCCUUCAGCUUCUUCUUCUUCUUCUUUGUGUUUUUCGCCCAAGUUGUGAUCUUUGUCAUCCAGUCUGUGGGAAUCCCAAAAUGGGGAAACAGUGGCUGGAUCAAUGCCAUCACUAGUUUCGGUUUGAACAAGGCAGUGGGAGCCAUCAUGAUUAUUGUGGCCAUCCUCUUCACCAUGAAUGCUGUGCUGUCCAUCAUCCUGCUCAAGAUGGUCCACCAAAUGUACCGCCGUACAGGGGCCAAUUUCCAGAAGGCUCAGCAGGAGUUCUCGCAGGGCGUCUUCACCAGUAAAACCUUCCAGACAGCUGCUGCCGGAGCGGCAUCCUCCGCCGCCCAGGGAGCCUUUCAGGCAAACAACUAAUGGUCAACAGAGUUUAGCCGUACUCCAUUUAAAAGGUCAAGGUCUAUAUGUUGUCAGGUCUGGAUGAUUAACUUGAAACAAGGGGAAUGACACAGGAAGCUAAGGGUUGUUGUUGUGAGUCUGAGCUUGCUUCCUUUCUUUUAGUUGUUAAUUCUAACCUCAUGAUUUAUAGACCUUGAGCUCAGUGAGGCUACACCGUUAGCCUCUCUCCUUUCACCCCCUUAAACAAUGCCUAUGUUUUUCCUCGUGUUAACUCACAGAGCAGCUUCACCAGGCUCUGGUAGGGUGUGUAUAAAAGCCAUGGAGGGGAAAGACAUCCAACAGGUGCAUUGUGGGGUGAAAAGCAUGAAUGAAGUUGACUGACUGCGUGUCUCUGCUUUGUAUAUUUUGUGUGCACUUUUUGUUAAUGCUCUUCAGUGUAAUAUUUGUCUGUGCAGGUGUGUGAUGAGUGUGUGUAGUGGCAGUAUGCUUGUCUUUGUCCACACUAAACUGUGGACUCUGAUCCUGUAAUAUAAAGAAGAUGAAGUGUUUCUUUUUGUCAUUUAUGGCAUUUUUCUAGUCUCAAAUGCAUUUCUUUCAAUUGUUGAACAUGUUUUGGCAAAAGAAAUCUCUUGUUUGUAAAAAAAAAAAAAAAGAAAAAAUCAGUCUAAUGAGAAAGAAAAGUGACUGUAAAAGGUAUGCAGUUUUAUUCUAAUUACUCUGGCCUUAGGUCGUUGGAUGUAACUGUUACUGUAGCUAAUUAUUUAAAUCAUUUCAGUCACAAGCAAAAAUACACACAAUUCACCCUGGCUGAAAAUCACUUUUACAGAGUAAUAAUAUGUUGGCGCUUUGAAAUUCCUGUGCCUUUGAACUUUCUGGUACCAAAAUUUGCCAAGAUCUUUCAGAAAAUAAAACCUUUAAAUCUAAAUAUUUUGGGAAAUAGGGUAAAUUUUGGUAUUUAUGCAUCACAUAGAGCUCAUGUUGAAACAGAAAAGGGCUUCAUAAUAUCUAUAAAAACUUCAGUAUCUCUUCUUAGUUGGAGAAUAGAGUUAUAGGUUAACUUUUUGUUUUAGCAUCAAUAAGAACUAAGCAGCUUUAACAUCAUGUUAGAUCAGUGCCUCGUUCUUUCAAAGGAAACCAAAGCAUUACUGAUUUCUACUGAUUUAAACCUUAUCAGGUAGAUUAGUUCAGUUUUGUCUUUUCAUUUUACUAUCAACAGUAAUUACUGUAAUUACUACACAGUAGAAGAGCAUUGGUUUAUUGUAAAUGAAGAAAAGCUGCAGCAGUAACAGCAUUUAGCAUGUUUGGAUCUUAAGCCCGGUUCAGAGCAAAGAUGAGACAAGUUGAAGUAUGCACCUGCUUGUGAUAGGCCACUCUGCAACAUUCUGAAAGCCCUAACCACACAGGCGCUGGACCAUCGCGUCAUGUCAUACAAUGCGCUUCAACUCACAAUCCUAGUGCACACCGACUGCAGCACGAGCAAGAUGUCCAUUUCAUAUUUUACUGCUUGCCAUGUCCGUAAACCAGUUACGGUGAUUCGACAAACGGAAUUGCAGGCAUCUCCAUUAAUCAUCCUCAUUUGAGCUGUGAUGGCUCAGUUCACACCGCUGCAGCUGUAAUGCCCUAAACAAUCACAUUGUGUUGCAAAUCUUUGGUCUGAACUGGGCUUUAGAAAUGAUAAAUAAUUUCAUUUUUAGAUUUCAAAAUGCAAAAUCUGAGUUUUACAGUUAAAAGUUUAAUAGGAGCAGCAGGACCUUGUGUUUCCUUGACGUGUAUCUGAUUUAUUUAUUCUGCUAGAGUGAUGUAAAGUUUCCAUGACAUCCUUAUUUUGAAGGGAAACAGUGUCUUAUCACCAGUACACAGCUGAGGUUUUGCAUUUUCACUUUUCUUUAUUUUGCAGUUUAGUCUAAACCUUCUUGUUCCUGAGGGUGCUUUCACACCUGGAUCGCUUGGACAGGUCGUUCCAAAGGGAGUUGGCAUUCCUUUUUUGUCCCUGGUCACUCAGAUUCAUGUAAACCCAACAAUCAAACUGAUCUGAAACAAAACAAGCGAGCCCAGAUCGCCUUGAAAAGGUGGUCAAAGCUCUCUUCCAUCAUCCGAACCUAAAGUGGAUGGAUUUGCAGUGAGCUGGCGAUCAUAACUGAUAAUAAAGUAAUAAAUAAUGCUACUCACAUCUAAACAAAGUACACAAGCUCUCAGCAUGAAAGCACCCUAAGAUUACCCCAACCUCUAAAUUAUUUGCUGUAUAUUUUCUUUGAUUUCUUUUACAAAAAUGCACACGUGUCUGUUUGAUGUACAUUUAAAACAUCAGCAUGGAUGUAAAAUGUUCCUAAAAAGCAGGUUCAAGAUAACUUGUGUGGUGUUCUUACAACAAACAGUGGUCUAAUUUAAGGUUCAAUCUUUCAUGGUUUAUAUAUAAUACAUGACUUUUAUGAAGUCAAACAUCGCUGAAUGCAUUGUUUUGGAAGAUCAGAAGCCAAUGCCUUUUGUAUUUGAAUAAUGAAAACAGCAUCUAAUAAAAUGCUUGCCUUUA